UGUUAGAGGGAGCAGUAAAAGAAAUCGCGAACAUGGGGUUGUUCUUCCCUGAAGAGCAAGGGUGGACAGGCCAGAACCUACUCGCAAUCCUAGCCGUCGUUGUCCUCUUCUUUUCCAUCUCCCAUCACAUGGGGUGGUUCUUCCCUGAAAGAAGAGGCCCACGGUGGAAUCAAGGGUGGACAGGCCAGACCCAACUCGCAAUCCUAGCCAUUGUUUUCCUCUUCUUAUUCAUCUCCAAUUACAUGCAGCGCAUGCACCAGACCAUGAUCAACUUCCAGCCUCUGUUCUAUCUCAUCCCCGUCCUUCUGAUCUUCAUCGUACGGUCCAUGUCAGUGAAUGGACGGUUCGGGUUCAGUAUCCCGCAGCCGGAACACGACUCGUUCCACCGGGCUGGAAGCUCGCCGUGGGGUGUGGCAGCGGUGUUAGUGUUGGUGCUGGUGAUGAUCUCCUACCAGUCUUCCCUUCCCUCGCAGUGGUUUCGACCACUUUGGAAGUCGGAUUAACGGCCUUGAUUUGAUUAUCAUGUUGAUUAGGAGUUUUUAGCUUGCUUGGGGUGUAUGUAUAUAUUGUGAUAUUAUCUCUAAUACGUAUGCUUGUCUCACACGUUGGGUAAGUGCUAGUAUGGCAUGGUUAUGAGAUCUUGGCCGUUGAUCUUGCCGGCCCCAUAUUAUGUGUGGGCCCCCAAUCUUUAGGUGGGCCGUGCAAGUGUUGGACGGUUGUUAAAGGAUAUGAACUCGCCGGCAUUUCAAUACACAUGCUUUAUGUAUUCGAUGAAUUGGGACUGCCGGAUAUGUGUGCUAGGAAAAUUUGGUGUGGAGGCAGUGUGAUUAUCGGCCUGGAUUUCAUAUGCAUGGAAAUUGACA